AUGGAGAUUUUUGAUGAUCUUCAUCGUGAUGUUGUUAACAACAUUCAAGAAGUUUUAGAAUCCAUAAAUGCGUUGGUUCGUGGUUUUAAGUCUUCACGUGAUGUUCUUCAAAGGGGACAAAACAUGGAACUUCGUAUCUCUGGUGAGGUUUCUUUUGGUGAACAUCCCCGUCGAUAUAAUCGCCAAGUAGUUUCAGAAGUUGCUGCUGUUGUUCUUGAUGAACAAUACAUGAAUUUUGGUAGAGAUAUUAUUCUUCACCAACGUGGUGGAGAUUUAAUACGAAUAAAAGAAAUUCAUCCAGCUUACGAUGCUCUAUCCUAUCCUUUGUUGUUUCCUGAUGGGCGAUGUGGGUGGUCAGCAACUUUUAAAGCAGAUACUGGAGUGACUUUAAAGUCAUAUGUCCAAUAUUUGCUUCAAAAGCGCCCAGAAUCUAAUGUAUUACAUAAGGCUGGUAGAUUAUUCCAGGAAUAUGUAGUGGAUCAGUAUUUACGUGUAGAACAUGAAAAUUUGCUUUUCAUUAGGCAACAUCAAACUGAACUUCGUGUAGAGUGCUAUUACGGGGUCGUAGAUGCUUUGCAGGAAGACAAUGGAGCACGCAUUAGGCGUCGCAUUGUCUUACCUGCAACAUUCAUUGAUUCCCCCCGAUACAUGCAAAAACUCUUUCAUGAUAGUAUGGUUUUGGUUAGAGUUUUAGGAAAACCCGAUUUGUUUGUGACAAUGACAUGUAAUCCGACCUGGCCUGAGAUUCUUGAUGAGCUUGAGCCAGGUCAAAGUCCUCCUGAUCGUCCAGAUAUUAUUGUGCGUGUUUUCGAGCUCAAGUUAAGAGCAUUGAUGGAUGAGAUUACGAAGAAGAAUGUCAUGGGAGAGACAAUUGCUUUUUGUUACACUAUUGAGUUUCAAAAACGUGGUCUUCCUCAUGCACACAUUCUUCUUUGGUUGAAAGACAAGGUCAAUGACUGUGACCUUGUAGAUAGGAUAGUAUGUACGGAGAUUCCCGAUUUAGAUAGACAACCGUAA